UAAAAUACUUAUCUUAUUACAAGAUUCCAACUCAAGCUCCAUAUUCUGGCGUCUCAGCGAAGCUAGCCCAUCCUGCAAAAUUCCAGUUUCAAAAGUCUCCAAAAAUGACAACAUCGAAGCGACCACGAAAGCUUCAAAAACAAUGAUACUGAAACAACUAGCAAAAGCAAAAGCUUCCAAAGAUAACAACACU